UGGACCAAUUCGUCAGCUCGCAGCAUAAAGUCGAUAGUGUAAACAGAGCUUUACAUUGGGUGGCCGUGAUCCUGCAGCCAGUGGUUCAUUGUAGACCUCUCUCUAGAGCUACAGUAGUGUUUUUCCGCAGUUGCAUGAGUCUAGAAUUUGUAAAUGGCGACUGCCGAGCUAUGCCCCCAGAGAUCGAAGAUAAACCUCCUCAUAUACUUAUAUGAGAAGGCUGAAUGCCUGUGGCGUAUAGGAACGCCUGAACACAGAGACGGGGACAAGAAGCGAGAAACGCUAAAAGAAAUUGCGAACAUGCUUGAAUGGCCGGUGUCUGACGUAAAGAAAAAAAUUAUAAACCUGCGCACAUAUUUCGCCAGAGAAUUUGCGAGAGUGAAUAAGAGUAUAUCUGAACCUGGCACCGCACACAUGUACGUGCCACAAUGGGCUCAUUAUGAUGCACUGAUGUUCCUCCAGCCAUACCAGACGGCAAGGAAAUCUAUUUCUUAUUUGGACGAGUCACAAGAAUCGGAAACGACUUAUUUGGACACAGAGGUGCUAACGGUUUAUGCCAAAGAAGAGGACAGUCAGGAUGAUUAUGAACAGGAGGAGACUGAGGAAUCACAGUCAUUGAUGAGGAAAGCCCUCUCACCAACCCCAUCCACUGCAUCAAGAGUAUCGACAGCAUCACACCCAUGUUCAGCCCUGAUAAUGAAGGACACUUCCAAGACAGCAAAAUGCAAACUUUCAGGCCUAAUAGCCCCCAAAACUAAACGCACUAAGCCUGCCGAUGAACUGCUUAAACAGGCUGUAAAAUUCUUCAAGGAUUGCCAUGGAAGCAAACUGGAGAGCCACACUGUACUCAAGCAGCAUGCUGAAACAGAAGAUGAGGUUUUUGUAAAAUAUAUUACGAUGCAGUUGGCCAAAAUUAAGGAUGAACGUACAAAAGGAAUCGUGAAAAUGCGAAUACAGCAAGUUAUAUAUGAGGGACAGUUUCCCCAGGGAUAUUUGCCACAAGUGCCCAAUGCACCACAUACCAGUUGCUAUCCAACCACAUCUCAAAGCCAGAAUAGCACUUUGACAAAUCAAUGAAAUGUGGUCGCGACAUCCACGUACCUAAAGGGGCCAUUUAAACGGCCAGUAACCAUGCUGUAAGUGUAACUGUUAGAUUCUAACGAGCAUACUUACAUAUGCUGUACAGUAGAGCUACAGUAGUACAUAUAUAUGCUGUACAGUAGAGCUACAGUAGUACAUAUAUAUGCUGUACAGUAGAGCUACAGUAGUACAUAUGCUGUACAGUAGAGCGAGUUUAAUUGUACAUUAUUCUACGAUAUUCAUAGUUUUAUUUUGUAAUUUGUAUUUU